GUUGUCGACUGCGCCAUAUAAAAGCGACGCAUUAUCCAAACUUCUAGCCAGGUUAAGAGUGAAGACGAGACAAGACGCGACAUGUUCAAGCCAACAAUCUGCCUGUUCGUGCUGGCGGUGGCCAGUGGUGCUGUUAGUGGUGCCAGCAUUGGCGGCAAGCUAAUCAACGAUGUAACCACCGAGAAGCGUGAGAUUAUUCCCCUGCUCAGCUUUGAGGUGGACAAGAAACCCGACGGCUCGUUCCGCUUCCAAUACGAGGGCGGCGAUAGGAGCUACCGCGAAGAGACCGGCUCGGUCAGCAAUGCCGGCACCGAUGAUGAGGCCAUCGAGGUGAAAGGCUCCUAUCGUUAUAUCGAUGCCGAUGGCCAGGAAGUGGUGGUCCACUACACCGCCGGCAAGAAUGGCUUCGUGCCCAUUGGCACCAACAUUCCCGUUGAGAUCUCGAAUCUGGCCAAGGCAGCCGCCGACCUGCCCGAGUACACCGAGGAGCAGCAACGUGCCGAUCGCUACAAUCAGCGUCGCGCUCGCUCCAAGUCUGAGGAGCAGCCCGUCGAGGCAGCUAAGACGCUUGUGGCCGCUGAGCCCGUCCAAGCAGAGCCCGUGCAAGCAGAGACAGUUGUAGCCGCAGAGUCCGUCAAGACGGAGACUGUCGUGCCAGCUGAGCCCGUCCAGACGAAGACUCUCGUGGCCACAGAGCCCGUCCAAGCAGAGACAGUUGUAGCCGCAGAGUCCGUCAAGACGGAGACUGUCGUGCCAGCUGAGCCCGCCCAGACGAAGACACUCGUGGCCACGGAGCCCGUUGUAGCGGCUGAGUCCGUYAAGACGGAGACUGUUGUACCCGCUGACUCCAAGACGAAGACACUCGUGGCCACGGAGCCCGUUGUAGCCGCUGAAUCCGUCAAGACGGAGACUGUCGUGCCAGCUGAGCCCGUCGAGGUAGUGAAGACUCUGGAGCAAGUCAAGGCAGCUGAGCCCGCUGUCGCCGCCUCUGAGCUUGUGCCCGUGAAGGUGGUGAGCAGCCUGGUAUGA